UCUGGUUAAUCGGUUUAUAGCAUCGUUUUAUGAAAUUGAGUCUACACAAAAUCAGUUUCACUUUAAUAUUACAAGCUUCAUUCAAACGUACGUUAUUGACGCAAGUGUCUUGAAGAAGCAAGAAAUUCACGAGAAACCCUCCUACCCUUUUGUAACGAUUAUUUAUGCCGCACUGUGCGAAACACGACACAUUCGACACACCGGAACCAGUACCGUAUUCCAGUCGAAACAGAGCAGAUGGCUUACGUUACGGUCGGACGAUUGUUACCAGUUCUGGUGCUCAUAUCCUUGCUAGCACCAGGAUGUAACGUCCUAGCCCAGGUUGAGGAAGAGCAGCCUCCACCGGAAAUGGAAUGCAACAGGCUGAACGAAAGUUACGAUCCGUGCGGUAACGGUUGUGGUGAUCUGACCUGUCAGAAUGUGCGCCGGAACGAUGUCCAGUGCAGUCGCCAAUGCCAUGAGGGAUGCUUUUGCAACCGGGGCUUUGUACGGAGUCGUAGCGGCAGUUGCAUACCUUCGUACACUUGUGCUGCCUUCGGUAGACGUUAGGACACGCUACACACGCGAUUGGAAUGAAUUGUAGCGAUGGCAAAUAAAAUGUUUGUUUAUUUUGUAGUACCGUGCGUCACUAAAGUAUACAUCAAACAUUGAUUAUCUUUCCUCGUUUUUGGGAUGGGGGUUUAGAACGCUAAGAAGUACUUGUCAUUUUCGCUUAUUUCCCGGUUGUACUUUAGUACUUUGAAAAGUAUGUUUUCAGCCUUGAUCUUAUCGUGGGUCUGACGUAACAAACUACACGGCUGCUUGUCGGUUGACGUUUUUUUUAUUAUGUUUCGUGUUCACACACCACGCAGUUUCGAGACCGAUAGUUGGGCAUGAAUAUGCAACCUGAAGCGAAGUGUUUAUUUGCACAGCUGCGUUACAGCACCGUUGCUUGCCGCCGAAGUAUAUCGCUCCUUCGCUAAGCUGCGGUAAGAUUCUACACCCAGUUGAGUUUGGUCUAGUCGUUUGAC